AAGAAACUUUUGGCAAGCAGAAUUUAAUAUGAACUAACAUUAAUUAAUGUUAAAAUAAUUGAAUAGGUCGUUCCUUUUUUUAAUUGAAAAUAAGACUUAGAGUUUAGUAUAAAAUCAGUAUCAGCUCAAGUAAUAAUAAUCGAAGAAGUGGAGAAGAGAAGAGAAUAGAAUAGAAGAGAGAGUAAUGAGCGAAGUAGCAGCUAAGACGGUGUGUGUUACUGGUGGUUCAGGAUACAUAGCCUCUUGGAUUGUUAAAUUCCUUCUCCAACGAGGAUACACUGUUAGAGCCAGUGUUCGAGAUCCCGAUGAUUCAAUAAAAACUGCCCAUUUGGUAGCAUUGGAUGGAGCUGAUGAGAGACUUCAUUUGUUCAAAGCAAAUUUGCUUGAGGAAGGUUCAUUUGAUUCUGCCAUUGAGGGUUGCCAAGGAGUUUUUCAUACUGCUUCUCCCUUUUUUCAUUCUGUUUCAGAUCCUCAGGCUGAACUUAUCGAACCAGCGUUGAAAGGAACAUUAAACGUUCUAAACUCGGUUGCAAAAGCUUCAUCCGUGAAGAGGGUUGUGUUAACAUCUUCCAUGGCUGCUGUUUCUUAUAAUACAAAGCCUCAAACUCCUCAAACAAUUGUUGAUGAAUCUUGGUUUUCUGAUCCUGAUAUGUGCAGAGACCAAGAGAUUUGGUAUUGCCUCUCCAAGACUUUAGCUGAGGAGGCAGCAUGGAAUUUUGUGAAAGAAAAGGGAAUAGAUUUGGUUACUAUCAACCCUGCCAUGGUUAUUGGUCCAUUAUUGCAACCAACACUAAAUACUAGUGCUCAAGCCAUUCUCAACUUAAUUUCUGGAGGAGAAACAUUUCCAAAUUCAGCAUUUGGUUGGGUUAAUGUGAAAGAUGUUGCAAAAGCUCACAUUGAAGCAUAUGAAAUUCCAACAGCCAAUGGAAGAUAUUGUUUGGUUGAGAGAGCUCUUCACUAUUCAGAAAUAGUUAAAAUUUUACAUCAACUCUACCCUUCAAUUCAACUUCCACAAAAGGCUGCUGAUGAGAAGCUAUUUGUAUUGGCAUAUCAAGUCUCAACAGAGAAAGCAAAGAGCUUAGGCAUUGAUUUCAUUCCUCUAGAGGAUAGUUUGAAGGAAACAGUGGAGAGUUUGAAAGAAAAGAAGUUUAUAAGUUUUUAAGCCGCUUAUUUUGUUUUAAUGUAUGAAAGAAGAACUCUUUUCGUUGUGGAAAGGAACUGCUUAAAGUUUGUUUACGGUAAUGUUGUCAUAAUUAAGUACUCCUUAAUUACAAGAGCAUUUGAUUUGCUGAUAUGUAUGUAAACUGAACCUAAUAGAUAUAAUAAUUAGAGUACUAUAGUUAAUAAAUGCAUUAUAAUUGAUAUAA